GAAAAACGGAGUGUAGUUCGGCCUUGCUUGACACAACUGUGGACGUGGAAUGCAUACAGUAUGUUACAGCCAAGCAGAUAUUAGUACUAAGACUGGGGAAAAUACUACCAACCAAUGAAGGAAGCUUUCGCUUGACCUAAUUUGGAUUUGAUCAGUAAAGGAAAUAAGUUACUUUCGAUUAGCUCGCACGUCUUUCUAAUCGUUUGCGUUAUACUUGCGUUCAAAUUACGUGCAAAUGCUCACCAAAGAGGAACACGUCAAGUUUAGCUGUUGAUCUGUUUUCAUAUUCAUCGGCUUUGCUCGCACGUCCGCCUUUGUGAUGGCUCCGAUGGGCAUCCGGCUGUCCCCGCUCGGCAUAGCCGUGUUCUGCUUGCUGGGAGUCGGUGUGGUCUAUCACCUAUACGCGGGAGUUUUAUCCAGUAGAAUCGCCUCAUUCAGACAGAAAAGGACUGUGGAUCUGAGAGACCUGCUCGCGCUGUCCAUGGAGGCUGCGGUGCAGGGCGGACGGGAGGUGAAGAGGAUCAGGGAGGAUAACACACUAGAAGAGAAGACAAAGGGCAAAACAAAAGAAGGGGCCAGUGAAAAGCUCACGCUGGGUGAUCUGAACUCCCACCGCAAGAUGUUCUACUUGAUCAAGAACACCUACCCUUAUAUACAGGUGAACUCAGAAGAACAUGCUAAUGCCGAGGGUGAGGCCACUGUGUGGACACGCAUCAUUCCUGAAGAAAUUCUGGGAAAGGUCUCAGGGGUGAAGGAGGUUCCUGCAGAAAGGAUCACAGUUUGGAUUGAUCCACUGGAUGCCACUCAGGAAUACACAGAAAAUCUCCAGAAGUAUGUCACCACUAUGGUGUGUGUGGCUGUGGACGGGGAUCCUGUUAUAGGCGUGAUUCACAAACCCUUCACUGGGUACACAGCAUGGGGUUUUGUUGGAGAGGGAUCCAAUGUGGCACCUCGUGCUUCCUACAACACAAACGUUCCUAAGGUGAUUGUUUCACGCUCACACUCAGGCAAGGUGAAGAGCUUUGUUCAGGUGGCCUUUGGCAACAAUACGGAAAUUAUACCAGCAGGGGGUGCAGGAUAUAAGGUACUAGCUCUUCUAGACCCCACUGAUGAAGAACAAGAGACAGCCGAUAUUUACAUCCAUGUGACGUACAUCAAAAAAUGGGAUAUCUGUGCGGGUGAUGCCAUCUUGAGGUCUCUUGGUGGUCAAAUGACAACUCUCAAAGGAGAGAAGAUUGAUUACUCUGGGACAGAGGGAAACAAGGGCGGCCUACUGGCGAGCAUUAAAACUGACCACAAGGCACUGGUGAAAAGACUUCCACCCUGGGAAGAGAGCAAACAAUAAUAAAUCACUGCCCGGUCCUGUCCCUAACACUCAUUUUCUUCGGUACCACAAAGUUGUGUAGAAAUAUGAGAAAAUAAAGAUUUGCUUGUGACACUAGGUGACUGAUCCAACAUCAGUGAAUGAGUGAAUAUGAGUGAGUUUGAAAACUGUUACAGGUUAUAAACAAAGGAAGUGUGCCUUUGGGUUGUACAGGUCAUUAGCUAUGUACACUAAAAAAUCCUCGUAACAAAUUGCAUGAACACAUUUUAAGUAAAUCUUACAAGUUUUUUUUUCUUUUUCAAAGUAAGUUUUACUGCUCUAAUAUCAAGUAGAACUUACUCGCUAUUAUUAAGUAAAAUCUACUUACUAAACUUAACAUUCAUGAAGAAAUUAAAUCUAA